AUGGAGACGUCAAAUACGAAGUGGCAAUCUAACACACUUGUUGAAAGAAACAAAUACAUGUACAAUAACUCAUUCACAAGCGAUGUUAAGUUUACAUUUGGAAACAACCAAUCUGGAGAAGUAUUCUUCGCGCACAAAUAUGUACUGGCGACAAGCAGUCCUGUCUUUUACGAAAUAUUUUACAGCAAGUCAGGGAAAAAUAUCAUGGACAUUCAUAUUCCACAUUCUGAUAACGAAACCGUCGCAGAUUUCUUUGGCUUUCUCUAUAACGGGAAAUGUCCAACGGCAACAAAUGUUGCGAAAGAUUUACCACGGUUAUUGCGCUUAGUAAUGCAUUAUCAAGUUACUUCGUUUGAUGCAGCUUGUAAAAAUUAUCUGAAACCAACACAACAACAGGCAUUUAAGUUUCUUGAGCAAUUCUUGGAACUCAAAGCAGAAAGAUCCAUUAGUACAUGCUUUGAUUACAUAGAUAAAUUUGCCAAUAGAUAUUUCACAUCAGAAUAUUUUCUUAAUAUCAAGUUGGGUACUCUGGAUGCUUUACUGCGGCGCGACACACUCGACUAUCGCGAAGUGAAGCUAUUCAAAGCGGUUGUAAAAUGGGUUGACCACCAAUGUUCGGUACAAAAUUUGGAAGCAUCGUACGAAAACCGACGAAAGAUUCUGGGAAAUGUAAUAUAUAACAUUCGAUUUUUACUGAUGACUCUGGAUGAAUUUACAACCGAUGUUAUUGGUGUCGAUAUUUUAAGUGAUCAUGAAAGUUUUGGUAUAAUAAAGGCAAUUACAGGUUAUCAUGUACAAGAUCUGGUAUGGGAUUCCCCUGGACUACGACGCCAAAGGAAUCCUGAAGAUGGGAAUUGGUGGGCUUACUUCAGGCAUGCUGUGGCAUUAUUUACCAUUGGCAUUGUUGGAGUUUUAAUUGGUCUGUGCAUGUGCUGUGCACAUCUUCUAAACAAGAUAAAGAAUGCAAUUAUGUCAGAAGUUCCACACAAAUCUUGUACAGAAUCUAAAUACAACCCGAAAAUGCAAAAAUCAAACAACGUAUAUCCCUCAAAAAAACGUUUACCUAACCAUGAACCCAAUAGGGAAAAUACUACCGACGCACACGCGAGAGGCUGGGGUACAGGUACCAAUACACGCGCGAGAGGCUGGCGUACCAACACAUACGCGAGAGCUUGGCCUAACCAUGAAAAGGACUAAUACAAUUAAAUGGAUGAUCUUAGUUGUCUGUAAAAAUAGGAAUUUAGAGAUUUGUAAAUUUAUAAUCUAAAAUCAGGAACUCUUCCUGGCCAUAUAUAUUCAAUUUUGUUCUGUGCGAUGUAGUUUUGUAUUGCGAUAUGUUGUUUUGUGUUGUAUUCUUAAAAUUUAGCAAUUUUUAAAGGGCCCUUGGUGUAUACUGUUGUGGUGUCCCUGCCACUUGUUUGUUGUAAGUGGCGAAGUUUAAUAAAUAAAUAUAUGUGUGUAGCUAUAUAAAACGAAAUAAUUUUUUUAUUGAAAAUAAACUUUUGCCUGCUAUCACAGCAUUUUUACACUUCAUUACUUAGAAAAUCCCACUGUUCUUCAUGCCAUCCAGUCACUCAAAUUGUUCUGACUUAUAGCAUUUAUGCUUACCUUCAUUUCCUGUUCUCCCGAUGUUUCUUUUAUUCUGCAUGGAUAAGUUUAAUUCUAGUCCUAUAUAAAUCUCGUGGAAAAGCAAAAGUAUUCUCGGUACUCCACCAGUUUUGAUUUUUGAUUCUUGUCCACCCGAAAAGUGAACUGGAAAUUCAGAGACAAAAGAGACAAAACGACCCCUAAAGAGUCCUUGUGGGAGUAUAAAAUCAUACACUGGAAUAUUUCAACAUCCCUUUUGUCUAAACCCCUGUACUUCUGUCUUAAUAUCAAGGGCACACAUCGAAGCAGUGCAUAUUUUAAAUGUUUUACAGUGGGGGGCCAAAACCAAGCCCAAUGUGGGCUUCCCAGAUUAAGAUGUAGGUCACUCAGGGUAAGGUUCGGGCCCAGUCUGAGCCACUAACUAGUGGGGCCUGUGAGACCAAAUGCACCCCCCCCCCCCAGCAUAUGUUAAAAUAUGCCUUGCAUCGAGGGCACCUGCCUCCAUUGACUCUCUCCCAAAUCCAACGCUAUGGGUGUCGGACUCUAGAAAUACAAACCCUCCUAUUGCUGUAUUGCUAUUUUUUAGAUUCCGUCACACCUCCCGGUACAUAUUUUCGACUGAAACUAGGUCUGCUUCUGAGUCUAGUGAGUCAACAAUCAUUGAAUGAUCAGUUAUCUGGAGGACAUAUCCACAUUCUCACAGUGUGUAAAGAUGUACUGCCAAUACAGAGACUGUUGUUAUACUCCAGGUCGUUUUCUAAAAGAUCAGUUGUAUUUUCACCAUGUAAUGAUUUAUGCUUCUCCAUAUCUAAAGAUCAGUCUAACUUGGGUUCAUGCAUCAUUCAUGGUAUGUAUAUAGAUAAUCAUGAGGCAUAUUGGCUGAAUAUAUGUAAGAGUAACUGAAGCCUUGGUUAUCCGAGGAUGAGACUGAGAGCUGGCAUGCAAAAGUUGCAUGAGAGUUUUCUCAACUCUUGUGCCCCGAUCAAACGAAACAUAAGUUGGGUUAGGGCUGGAUAUUACCGCGUGCGUAGCCAAAACACUCCUCAAUUCUCAUCAAAAUUUGAACCAACUCAGAGCUGGUUCGCCUGCCUCGAUUGACCCCUAUGGUUAUUACAGGUGACCUGCACUUCUCUGUAUUUAAGUUCUCACAUAACUUGUUAUUUAUUUUCAUACAUGUGUUGAUGAAAGUGCAUGGGAGGAAGCGGGACUUGCCAGUUUCUUCUUUAAUUGAUUGAUGGUAUAAUGAUGAAUUUUUCUUUAUUCCUAAGGUGGUUGUGUGUUAUUAGCCAGUGGUGGAGUUUGUGUACUUAGCAAUCUUAACGAAUUGAAGAACGAUCAAGUAGAAGAACUGGGAAAUGGUAUGAAUGUAGAAGAUUGAGGGGAAACUCCCUAACCACAUCAGCACUUAUAACCAACACAUGUGAUGUGGUGUUCACUAGGCUUGUCUUUGAAGCUGGGAGAGCCGGGUUCAAACCUUGGUUGAACCUCUACUCAAGGUCUUAAAAUAAUUGAGGAGAAAGAGCUAUCUUUACAUUGACAUCAGUAAAUGGUUAGAUUUUCGCGUCUUCUCGGAUAAGGACGUUAAAUCGUAGAUACCUCGGAUCCCCUAUCAAUUGAGCCAUAUCUUGUUGGGAAAUCCACUCACCAAUGAGUGAAACGCAAUACACUCAAAACACUUAAUCUGAGGUUGAGACCUAGAUUAUAUUGUUUGAUUCAGCAAAAUAGUGAAAAAAUGAUCGCCAAUGAACAAGAAAUGUGCAAAGAAGGGCAAUUUUUACAAACGAUUUCCUUAAUUUCCAGUUUUGUUUCGUAUAUGUCUUACAUGUUUUCCAAUCUUGUAGUGGUACAGACGGAAUGUGUGAAUAUCGAUGUGCCGAAGAAAUACAUCGGCUGUCAGCAAAGUCAGAUCUCUGUGCCUGUCACGUGCAAGAUAUGGGCAUGUUGUGAGAUUACAAAGAAACAAGGAACAAGAUCACAUAACACCUACCAAAAUUUACAAGUACGAUGUGGUAUCUAUGUUUUUGUUGUCUUGCACAACGAUGAAAUCAUGAUUUAUUUUAUUUUAUAUAUUUCAAAACAGAGAAAGAGCAUGCAAUAAUGCUACGUAUGUCCUAGCUAGUCUAGCUACGUUUCAUGAUCUAGUUACUUCAAACUACCGUGCCUUGCGGGAAAUUAACUUUUUUCUGUGGUUAUGUAGGAGUAUGGGCAACUUUCAAAGACCCUUGUUGAGUAUGUUUUAUAACUUUUUAAUUUUUUAUAUUAGAAAGGUCCAGAUUCUGACUUCCACUUUUUUUCUGACUUCCACUACCUUCUACAAUUAACUACCAUUGAAUGAAUGAAUGAAUGAACAACUUUAUGUAAAGAGGGUAAAAACACAUGACAGCAAUAUAACUGAAAAAACCAUUGAGAUGCAUUUAUUCUACCAAAUUUAUCAAUCAAGUGCAUAUUAAACCUGUGAGAGGUAGAGGUAGGCAAAUCUAAAUCUCUCUAUUAAGUGUACUGUAAGACAGAAAUUGAAUCCCGAACAUACAUGAGAAUAUCUUGGUGCCUGAAGUUUUCCACCACAAUUCACGGUACAUUGUCUAUUAUCUUAGUUCAUGGUUCUCUUAUACUGUAAACAUUCUAUUUUUAUUUCAAUCUAGUUACUUCAGUUUGGUAUUCGUUAUGACAGAGAACGAAAUAGCUUCAUCAGAAAUGUUCGCCGAGACUCUUAUUGUUCAAAACAUAUUGGAAAAAGCAUCCUUAGCUAAAGAACAAGAAACCAACCGUAUUCCAGAAAAUGAAUUCUUCCAGGUAUACUACUCAAAAUCUUGUCUUACAUUUGAUUUGAAAUAUGAAGUCGUCAUUUCAUUUUGUAGUUCCUACAGUAUGCGUCGGCAAAUAAACCUUCAUUCAGUAACGAAGCUCGAGAUUUGAUUCAAGGAUUUUAUCUUGCUAGUCGUAGAUCAAGGAGUUCUGGUGGCGUUGCUGGAGUCGAGUUCCCAAUUUCAGCACUUAAAUCAAUGUAGGUAUUUAGAACGUCCCGACUGUGUACCCAAUGAAGACGUAUGAAACAUAAUAAAUGAAACACAUUAAAAUAGAAGUUAAAAUUUACAAGGUGAUAUGCAGACAUUAUUAAUUUUAAACUCCUCUUGCGAGUCAGUUGGUGUAAAGAAAACCCUUAACAUUUUGUCGUACACGAACAAAUAAAACUUGACGAGAAAGACUGGGAGGAAAACAUGCCCGUUUCUGUAAAGUUUAUUUCGUUUCGUAUUCCUACAGGAUGUCACUUGCAGAAGCUCAUGCAAAGUUAAAUCUACGACAUGAGGUUAGAUUAAUAGUAACUCCUGGCGAGUAACGGUAUUUGUAUUGUCUUGAUUCCCUUGAGUAUAACUAUGACCUAUGUCAUGAUAAAAUUGUGGAGACACUUUUAUGCAUGUUUUGAAGGUUUCCGAAGAUGACGCAGUAAUGGCAAUUUUGUUGUACGAAGAAUCGAUAACAGCAAGAGUGGGUAUGUUAAGUCUAAGUCUUAACUUUCUCAUACCAAGACAUAUCUCUGGUAUAUUUUUACGUAUACGAUUUCAAUAUUUUUUUCACAAGAAUCAUGCUUUCAAAUUUCAACGUCUACAUCAUAUAUUAUACCUGGGUUUCUUUAAGGUUACUCUGUUCUUGGAGUGAGUCCAGUGCAUCAUUUUAAAGAUGGCAACAUCAUGUCUUAUAUUGGUGAAGAGGUACAUUAACGUGCUUUUUCCUGUGAAUCCAUGUACUAAGCUAUUAUUCUUUUUACUUUUUAACUUGUACCAAUUGACUAUAGAUAGGCGCAGAUCGUAAAGUUUAUUCAUGAACAAAAUACGAAGGAAAUCAUGACUGUGAAGGAGUUUUAUAUCUGAUACAAAAUCCUGCUAUAAAAUCCUACCAAAUAUCAUCUAUAUCUUUAAAAUUAUUGAAGAAUAUGAAUGUUUUCAUCAAGACAAAUCACAAGCUAUAUAAUUAUAUAUAUACAGCAUUUGCAUCCGUAUCUCACUGUAUUUUGUUACAGAAUGAUGAAAAGAUGACGCAUCUGAAAAUACACACGAAACGAUUUUGUUCCUUGCAUUCAAAUUAUAAAUACAUUCCUGGAUAUAUUCCACAUGAAGAAUGAGAAUUCACAGGUUUGAGAAUUAAUAUUUAUUGUAUUUACUAUAUAAAUUAUAUCAAAAUUAUUUCAAAUGUUAAUAUAUUUAUCAGAAUGAAUAUAGAUAUAACAUAUAGUGAAAACUCUGUUCCAACUUCCAUUUUGAUAAUCUUUUUAAAUAAUCUCUAUAAAUUAACUCAGACACUGUUUCCAUAUAUUACCAAUAAUAUCAUGCUAUAGUUAAAAUACACUUAAUCACUUUCAAUUCCAAGAAAUAACUUUACUUUCAUCACUAAUAAUGUACCAAUUUGGCGACUGUUGUUCAGUUUUUAACCAAUUAAAAUCAUCCACUAACUGCCAAUUAUUCUUAGUACGGUCCAGCCUGCUAGCUUCAAAAUGGCCGAUCAUACCAUCAUACUUCCAAUUAAACUGGGCAAACCCUAAAUCAUGGCAAUCUUCAACGAUUGCUCGGCUUGUAACAUGGAGAUAAAACUGUGAUUUAACAGUAUUGUGGACACGUAAUUGCUGACAUGGGAAUACAAAUAUACAAUCUUUACAGUCAUUGAUGAAUACUGAUCCACUCACAGGCCCACAAAAUACUCGACAUGAUUCUAAUUUCUCAAGAUGAAGAGCUAAUGGAGACCCAUAAAGAGUUAAUGUGCAAUCCUUCAAAUUUGAGAAACUGACAUCUUUCUCUAACAAGUCAUUUUCAUGUCUUGUAAUCUUUUCUCCAAUGAUAACAUUGGUUUCUUUGGUACUAGAAGCAUCUGUUCUCUCAGCCAGCUCAUUCUUUGUACAAUCCUAGAAAUUUAAAAU